AUGGACGGUUCCAAUGAGAAGGCACAAGAUACCCACGAGGUCGACCAGAUCGAGAUCGCCUCAUCGACACCAUACCUUGACCGUAACGAAGAACGCCGUCUAUGUCGAAAGAUCGACCUUGUCAUCAUGCCAACAGUCUGCCUGCUGUUCCUCGCAUGUGUUAUCGACCGUGCCAAUAUUGGUAACGCUCGGAUUGCAGGCUUCGAAAAGGAUCUGGGCAUGGCUGGUACUGAUUACAACGCCACCCUGUCCCUCUUCUUCGUUUCAUAUAUCGUAUUCGAGAUCCCUUGUAACAUCCUCUGCAAGAUUAUCGGCCCUGGCUGGUUUCUCCCCGCGAUGACCGUCAUGUUCGGCAUAUGCUCGAUUUGCAACGGCUUAGUAACAACAAAGGCACAAGCUAUGGGUGUCCGCUUCAUCCUUGGCCUGUUUGAGGCUGGAAUGCUGCCCGGAAUUGCGUAUUACCUCUCCCGCUGGUAUCGUCGUGAUGAGCUCUCAUUCCGCCUGGCAUGCUACAUCGUCAUGAGUCCACUAGCGGGUGCAACGGGAGCUUUGCUGGCAUCAGCGAUCCUAACGCUAGACAACUUUGCUGGACUUCAUACCUGGCGAAUGAUCUUCGUUAUCGAAGGGAUUGCUACCACUGGAAUCGGCCUGAUUGCUUUCCUUACGCUGACGGAUAGCCCCUCCAGCGCUCGCUGGCUUACACAGAGUCAAAAGGAGCUCGCCGAGGCGCGUCUACGUUCAGAGCGUGUUGGGCAGACUAAAGUCCUGGAUAAGAUCGAUAAAAUCAAGCUGCGACGGGGUAUUCUCAAUCCUAUCACGCUUACUACGUCCGUUGUGUUCUUUCUCGGAAGCAUCACAGCUCAGGGGUUCAGCGUGUUCGCUCCCACAGUCGUCCGAAGUAUUUUCAGUGACAGGACUGUGGUCCAGCAGCAGCUUCUCACAGCCCCUCCCUAUUUCUUUGGCGCUGUAUGUACAUUCUUGGUUGGGUUCGUCAGUUGGAAAACAGAUCGCAGGCAAAUCAUCCUAGUGCUCUCUACACCUACCGCUAUCAUCGGGUAUAUUAUAUUCCUCGCGACCGACAACCAGAUCGCCCGAUACGCAGCAACUUACAUUAUCGCCUCCCUCAUAUUCCUCUGCGGAGCUAUUUGCAAUGGGCAAAUUUCGGCCAACGUGGUGUCCGAUACAGCAAGGUCCUCGGCCAUUGGGUGGAAUGUCAUGAUCGGCAAUAUAGGUGGUCUUGUAUCGACUUGGUCUUUUUUAUCUUGGGAUGGGCCCAACUUUCCCAUCGGAAAUGGUCUCAAUUUGGCUUCUAAUGUUUGUUUUCUUAUCAUCACAGUGUGCACCCUCUUUUGGAUGAAGAAAGAUAAUAGACGGAGAGAUAUGGAACAAGAAGCAGGAGAGGCUCAGCUCGAGGGCAUGACUGAGCAGGAGAUUGAGGACUUGGAUUGGAAGCAUCCUUCUUUCCGGUGGAAGGUUUAG